AUGGCUAUAGUGUUGUGGUGCGAAAACUUCCCCAAAUUAACUGUAAACGAAGGACGAAUGGAGGGUUUGAUGCAUGGUCCGCCUUCUACGGAAGCAAACGGAGCCAAUAUAGAAGUUCUCCCCCUCAAUCAUUUGAAGAAUCGGACACUUUCCUUGCGGAGAAGUGACUUUCUGAGGCGCAAUGCAUUGCAGCAAGAUAAAGUGAAAAUUCCUUUUCCCAUUUUUGUCGUGUCGCUGCCAAAGUCGGGAACCACAAGUAUGGCACGCUAUUUCUACUGCGGGGAAGUAUGGACAGCACACACAUUUGCGAACACCGAUGACGGCCGUCAACUGCGUAUCGGAGAAUGCUAUCAAGAGAAUGUGAUGCAAGGUCGUCCACCUUUCGCAGGCUGCGGAAACUAUCAUGUGUGGAGCGACAACGGCUUCAUUCGGGGAAAACGUUGCUAUUAUCCAUCGAUUCACGGACUCAAAUCCUUUUACGAACACUAUCCCAACGCUACUAUCUUACUAGUAAAGCGAGAGAAAGAGGCGUGGCGCCAAAGUAUGCGCAAUUGGAAAAAGGGUGCACUUUUACGCAAAUGGUGGAAAGCUUGCUCCAGAGAUUUUCCUCUUAAGAAUGCCAACGACUCACAGGUCGAAACGUUCUACGAGAAGCACGCCGACAGGAUUCGACGAUUUGUUCGGGACCGUCCGUCUUUAACAUACAUCGAGAUUCAAUUGGAGAACAACGACGUCGCCGAGGAACUCGAGGGUAAAAUUGGUAUAUCUAAAACCUGCUGGGGGCACCACAACAGUCACGAAAAAAGGAUGCGACAGAAUCCAAGGUUUAGGAAGGAUUGGAACGGAAGUCUGACAACGACAGUGAAUGCAUCAGAGCGGUCGUCGCGAUCAACUGUAAAAUGA